UAAGCAUCAGAGAUAAGCCGCAGGACUAUGCAGACACAAAAUCAAAAACCUUGAAAAAAAUUUCGGGAUGCAACGAAAUUUCUGGUUAUCCGAGCGAAAACAAACCACAUCAUGAAAACUGCUUUGACGGAGCAACAACAAAACCAGGUAUUUGCAGUACGCGGAACGUGAGUUGUAAACGCAAACGCUUAGAAACUGCCAAUAAAAAUAUGCCAUACGAGUCCAUAGCAAAAUCCAUAGGAGUGUGCAGUCAUACCGAUACCAAUGUUUUAGCCGAUGAUUCCAGUCGUCCAGCCGGAACAGCUAUAGAAAGUAAAGCGAUAACACCAGGAGAAGCAGCAAAUAGAAAUGUUUUUGGCAUUGAACUCGGUUGGCGGGAUAAAGAAGCAAUUGGUUUGCAACUGAACCACCUGUUAAAUCUUUACCAUAUACCAAAUCAACAGAGUUUUAAAAUGUAUACUCAGCUAAAAGAUCAACAUUCACCCGUCAUUACCAGUACUUCUGUAACACAAGCCGACAAUAACAUUUUGCCCUUUUUGUCUUUUUUGUUGGCUGCGUCAAACAAAUUCCAACCACGACCAUCAUCACCAAUGCAAAUACCAACGACCGGUCCUGCUAUUGUUACCCGACAGCAUAACGACAGAAGGCCUACAUCAACGAUGACUGACGGACUGACAGCUAUUACAGAUUUGACUACCGCAGGAAUCGCCCAACAGAAACUGCGCCAUAUAAUUGGACUUGGAAAGGACAUAACUCAGCAAAGAAAGCACAAAAACUUUGAAACGGCAACCGCAUCUUCCACAAAUAUAGUACUCACUACAAGCGCUAAAGACGGUAGUGUCUUAUUCCCUACAUCGUUACAAACAAAUGAUAAUAUAAACAAGCCCGUCGGCUAUCUAAAGUUUGCCUUUAAUGAGGAUUGCGGUUUUGUGAACUGUGGUUACCGUCAGCGACAGUCACACUUUCAUUGCGAUCGUGUCAAUUGUCACUUUAGCUUUUGUGACAAAACUCUAAUGGUGCAACACACGGAACGACAUGUGCACUUCAUCACAUUAAUGGGCGAAGACUUUCAACAAUAUCCCUGUAAUAAACCGUGUGGUUUUAGCAACUGUGAAUAAUAACUGAAUAAAGAGUCUGCUAACACCAACUUUGGUAAAAGUAAAAAGCCGCAUUUUCAUUGUUUGAAAUGCUCAUUUAUUUGCACUGAGUCUAAUAAAGUAGAGGUACAUCAUCGUCUGCAUAAUCAAUUUGAUUAUAUACAAUCAACAGAGUUCUGUACAGGGAACAGUACCCAGUAUUGUGCAGCUUUGAGUGUAGGUGGCCCUGAUAUAGAUUACGCAAGAACUGGUGACGGGGUAUAUGAGAGUUUGAAGGAUACAUCUUUGGCAGUGAUCAGUAGUAUAUACAACAAGAAGUUUACGCAUUUUCAAUGUCUUCUGCGCGGUUGUGGCGUAGUGUCGCCUUCUCGAAUGUCAGCGCAUCGACAGAAAUCGUGUCAUACUGUACUUAAACGUACGAAAUCGUCAGAAGACAUUGUCGCUGUUACCUCAAUAGUAGCAGCAACAGAAACUAACAUGGAUCAGCUGCGGUAG